AUGCCAUCAAGUCUCGCGAACCGCGAGGACUGCAACAACAAGUUGGAUAUUCGACGCUACGAGGGCGCCGAGAAGGACUCUCGUGCCAAGCUGAAGUACACGGUCGACAUCAUCUACGCGAGUGCCAUGGAAGACAGGAACUGGGUAUUUGUCGCAGUCAAGCUCCUCAAUUAUCUCUGCCUUCUCAUCCCAGCAACACUGGCCGACCCGAACGUACUCCCCGAUGGGCUCCUCAUGAAGACAUGCGUUGGGCGUGGUACCGUCGACAAGGGCGUUGCCUUCGAGGUCUGCGCAGAGAACAGCUGCUUUGGCUCGAUCUCGCAUGAAGCGUAUUGGGUUCAUCUCCGACUUCUACCAUUUGGAAUUGUUCGAUAG